AGUAUCCUGCCCUGAGUCAAUGGGUAAUUUGACUUCCUUUCUUUUCGCACUUGUCGACUUACGAGAUCCUUGAUCCGUCUACGGCAGUCUGGAUGCAUAUUAUCAUGGACCUUGAUGAGCCGUCUCUUGGCGCCUCUUGCAAGCUUUAAAAGACCGUUCAGAAAGCUGGUACGGUAAGCCUUUCACCUCUGCCCGUGCCAUUAGACAAUGAAUCCCGUGCCGACACCCACUGAUCAGAAACAACCCCACUGCUAUAGCAGCCAGCUCAAGCCCUUUUAUCACGGAAAUAUCCAGCAAUACACUAGCUCCACUACCGGGAAAUGCAGGGGGCUCAAUGUGCAGUCCGUCAAUCCCAGUCCGUCGAAUGACUGGAUCGAACACGGCGUUCGAUCAAGACGAAUGUUUAACCCAUCCAACGAAACCUUUAUGUGGUUAUUCGUCUGGCUCGCUUAUAUCGCCGCGCUACUUCUUCCAUCCUGGAGAGCGCCCCGCCCGUUUACCUUUCAUUACAAUCCAUAUUUGAUGCGGUUUGUCGGUCAACUGUGGGCUGCACGUUCACCAAAGGAAUACUCUCUACGGUCACGAAUUGGUGAAGAGAACGGACGCGUCCGACGUAUCACCCACGCCCUCUACCCUCGCUUCCUCAUGGUAUAUGAUAGACAGGCGAGGACUUGGAAAAAAGUCAAUGUUGAGGCAGUAGCGGUGCGAAAACCCUAUGUCGCCAUCACGUACUCCUACUACGACAUGACAACGUCCGGAGGCGGUGAGGAGGUGAUCAAACGACGGUCGCAGGAGGCUACUUUGAAUCAGGGACUUGAUGCGUACUGGCUAGAUCUCGAGUGCUUACUCGAAGAUCCCGCACAGAAGGACGAAGACCUGUAUCGCAUGGCGGAUGUAUACAGACUCGCCUCUUUCACGCUUAUUGUUCUCAGCAGUGAGAGCGCUUGGCGCGGUUAUGGUGGCCGUAUCUGGACCCUACCAGAAGUUCUCCUUAGUCGCGAAUUGCUAUACAAGACUGGAAACAACGCGGUCACCCCCAUCACUCUCAUCCAACUCGCCUCUUUAGCAUACGAGCACCACGGUGAAGAAUCCCAGAUUAUCAACUCUUUCGGCCUCGGGAAGGAUCCGCUCGAGAGGUUGGACCGCAAUCUCCAACUCACAGAAGCAAUAUGGCGCCGAAAGAGUAACAGCCAGGGGAGAUAUCGCGCAGAGAAGGUCUAUGCGCUCAUGGGAUUUUUUGAACAUCGCAUUCUCCCAAACGCCGAGGAGACUGAGCUGCAAGCGCUCGCGCGCCUGUUUAUGGCGAACGAUAACGACCGUAUCGCUGAUCGCAUGAUCUCAAUGUUUCCCGGAGACAGAGCAGGGAUCAAUCAAUGGUACACUAAAGAAGACGAGUAUGGUGCCAAGCUUUGGGAUAUCGAGCCCACUGUACAGGCCAUCGGCAUUACAUCUAAUGGUUCUCUUGUGUUAGAUGGAUGUCGGGCGGCAGUCAUUAGGUGGAAGGAUUUCCCAUCCAUCGGUUACGCUACGAGCCGCUCUUUUCGACGUGCUAUGGCACUUACAGAGCCAUAUUUCGCCUUUCUCCUCUUCAUAGUGGGUUGCGCCACAAUUUCCCAGGGAGCUGCUGCCGGCGGCGCCGUCUUGCUAAUCCUCUCAAUCAUUCUGCUGAUAUUCGCGCCAGUCAUGACAACCUAUGGGCACUCCGGACGAGUCGUCCUUGCUUGUCCAUGGCUAAUUGGAGUGAAAGGAGUCAUCUCUGCCCAGCAAGCCUCCUUCUACCUAUACGGAGGUCAGAUUGGUGAUUCUCGUCGCACCCUUUACACUCCUACAGGUUCGCCUUUGGCGAAACCGAGAGGAGGUGACUCCAGGUUCCGCGAAGGCCACAUUUCGCAGUACGAAGCGGCUCUCGCAGCCCCACCAUUCGACCCUAUGGAAGGCCACAUGUUCACUCUCGUCGAUACCAUCUCGGGCACGAUCUACUAUUUCCGUGCGCAUAGGCCUCCCACGGUCUGCCUUUUCACCGGAACGGAGGGCGGGCAGGGGAGGUUUGUCAUGUGCAGCGAGGAAUGCAGCAGUAGCGAGCUGCGACGUGAGACGGUGCUCCGCAUGCCGACCUUCAUCUCCAAUUACAUGCACGCUUGUGAUUGGGUAGCUGUAGGUGGUAAGCCUUGAGUCAGUUCUGGCUGACACUAUUGUGAAUUUACUUUCAUCGACACUCUCAUUUCCGUGCGCGCGCGUUUCUCAUCUCCUUUUCGUAUUUCUUUUUUUAUGUUUAUUGUUAUCUUCAUAAUACGGGUCUCGAGUCGGGUUAUGUAUGCUCUUGGUACUCACAAAUGAUUGGUUCUUUACAGAACGUCCUCUCCUUUGAUCUCAUUCUUUCUUUUAUCUUGUCCGUUCAAAAUACGGCCUUGUGCAGUGUACGCUAAUGUACGUAUACGUAUGGAUAUAUAUA